AUUUCCAUAUUCACCGGUGCAUACAGUGACAUACAUGUAGAUCUCACAAGACGACAUGUAGACUUAAGUAUAAACAAAUGAAAUGUCAUCAGUAAUUCACGAUAUACAAAGUCCAGUUUCUGAACUGAGACAAUGGGACACACGGAAGAUGAAGAUGAAGAUAGUAAUCAUCUUACAAAAGUGUCAAUAAGAAAAAAGACGUGUUUAAAGUUUGUUAGUGAUGGGAUCAUUGGUGGUUUGGAAAAUGCAUUUUACAAACUGGGUAAAGCAGUAGCAACUUAUCCAAUCCUUACCAUUAUAAUAUGCAUUGUCAUAUGUGGCCUGUUUGGUAUAGGCAUGAAGGAUUUCAAUCAGACAACAGAGGAUGCAGAGCUCUGGGUACCAGCUACAUCAAGGAUACAGUCAGAGAGGAAAUGGGUGCUUGAUAAUUUCCCCCCAAUAACACGAUAUGCAUCAUUGAUAUUAGUGGAGAAUAAUGUGUUAUCGGAAAGAUCCUUUCAAGCUAUGUACGAUUUAUACCAGCAAGCCCUAAAUAUCGAGGUGAAUGGGAAGAAAUUUGAAGACAUGUGUUAUAGUGUUGCAGGUCACUGCUAUGUAAAUAACAUUUUAGAGAUUUGGUCAUACAACAAAACUGUGAUAAAUUCUUUGACCUUGGAGGAUAAGUACAAGGUCGUCAAUCAAAAUGUAACAUAUAGUCCUUUAUAUCAUAAGGAAACAGACAUAACUACACUGAUAGGUAAAAUACGUCGCCACAGAGGGGGUGCCAUCACUGGAGCAGAGAGUGCUGUAAUGUUAUUCCUGCUGCAAGAUAAUUUGGAAUGGAAGACAGAAGCAAUGGAAUGGGAAUCCAAGAUGAUUAAGAUUGCUAAUCAAGGUCAUGAACACAUCAGACAAAUUUAUAUCUAUACAACGAGAAGUUUUGAUGACGAAGGUUAUGGUGCUGUGAACAGUGAUACAAAGUUACUUUCUGCAGGGUUUUCAAUUGUAUUUAUUUAUGUAAUAUUGACUCUAGGGAGAUUUAAUCUUCUUGAACAAAAGUUGUACUUGUCUUUAGCUGGACUUUUAGUAGUUGGACUAUCCAUUAUGUUUGCAUAUGGACUUGCCAUGGCCUGUGGUGUAAUUUAUGGACCAGUUCAUGCUUUGAUGCCAUUUCUUUUGCUGGGCAUUGGUGUGGAUGAUAUGUUUGUUAUUGUGGAGGCCUGGAAAAACUUGACUCAUGUGGAACAAAAGCUUUCAUUGGUCCAAAGAAUGGCUUUGACUUUGAAACGAGCUGGUGUAUCUGUAACAGUGACAUCAGUAACAGAUAUUGUGGCAUUUGCUGUAGGAGCUUCUACAGUAAUACCAGGACUAAGUGGAUUUUGUAUCUAUGCAGCAUUAGGAAUCUUUGCCUUAUUUCUCUUGCAAUCAACAUUCUUUGUGGCAUGUUUGACAUUAGACCAAAUGAGAGUAGAAGCCAGAAGGAAUGCCAUUAUAUGCUGCUAUGUACAUAAAAAUUACGAGAUCAACGAAUGUAGUAAACGAGAUUAUGGUCAGCUGUUUUUCAAGCAUUAUUAUGGUCCAUUUUUGAUGAAAUUACCUGUUAAAAUUACUGUUAUGCUCAUCACAGCUUUAAUUGUUGGUGUUAACCUCUAUGGUUUUAUACAAUUACGACAAGAUUUUGAUUUGACAAUGUAUAUACCAUCUGAUUCCUAUGCACACAAAUAUGCCAAAGCUAAGGAAGCAUACUUUCCUUAUGCUGGCAUCGAUUCAGCUGUGUAUUGUCGUUGUAACAAUCCAAAAAACGGUUUUCUAGGUGAUUUAAGUUAUAAAAAGGAUGUGAAGUUAUUUGAAGAAAUGAUAAAGAAAGUAAAAAAUAGUACCUAUGUUCAAAAUGGUACAGUGGUCAACUGGUAUGAACCAUUCCACUACUGGCUUGUCACAACAAAUAAGGUGGACAUUAGAUACCUCAUAGGUGCAGAUGGAUAUCCAUAUUCUAACUAUGCAUUUGCUCAGCUGUUAUAUAAGUUUAUAACAGAGACAAGAAUUGGACAAGCUUUCAGUCCAUAUGUAAAGUUCACCAAUACAACUCCUCCUUUCUUACAGGGUACAUACAUUCCAUUUAGACACACUUAUCAGGGAGAUAGCAAGAAAGAAAUUAAAGCAAUGGAAAGUUUACGUGAUAUUACAGACCAGAUGGGGUUCUCCACAGGCAAAUGUUUUCCAUAUGCUGUUCAGUAUCUUACCUACGAAACAAAUAAGAUUCUUCAAGUGGAGUUAUACAGAAACUUAGCCUUGGCAGGUGUUUGUGUGUUUAUUGUAACAUUACUGUUAAUUGCCAACUUAUGGACAAGUUUGAUCGUGUUUACAUGUGUGAUAUUUACGUUGAUUGACGUUGCAGGAACAUUAUAUUUUUGGGAUGUGACUAUUGACACUGCCAGCAGUAUCUUGUUGACUCUUUCUGUGGGAUUGGCAGUGGACUAUUCAGCACACAUAGGACAUACAUAUAUGACAAUUAUUGGAGAAAAAAAUGAACGUCCAAUUAAAGCUUUAGCUGCCAUAGGACCAGCUGUAUUCAGUGGUGGAUUCAGUACAUUUUUAGCAUUUUUACUGCUAUCUAGGAGUAAUAGUUAUGGAUUUGCUUUAUUUUUUAGAGUAUUUUUUACUGUUGUUGUGUUUGGAUUAUUUCAUGGUUUAGCAUAUUUACCGGUGAUAUUAAGUUGGAUAGGACCAGAGCCCUAUCACAACGAAGAAGAUAAUCAGAAAUAUUUACAUAAUGGUCUUUCAAAUGGAAUUAAUGCUGAUGAAAAGGAAGAGUAUGAGAUGGAUGCUGAUUCUGGCUGUAUCAGACAGGAUACCAGUACAGAGAACAGUCCACUGAAGUCUUCACAAUCAGAAUCUGGUAACAGUUCAGAAGUUACAGAUGGUACAACAUGUGCAAUAGCUUCUAGUCCAAGAGUGAAAUCAAAAAGUACAAAUUGUGUGGAUAAAAAUGCAGAAUUUUUACCAGAAAAUGAAAGUUUAAUUGAGAGCAAUAAAGAUGAAAUGACUACAGACGCUGAUACUGAUACACAAGAUAAAUAUACUGUAAAUCAUGAAGAAGGAAGCUGAUACUCAGAGGGUUUUUUAUAUUUGAUGAACUUUAGUAAAACAAAGUGGUUAUUCUAUUCCACUUAUUUCAAUUGCAGUUAGGUAGAAUAUGAUGUAUGUGUAUUGUUACUGGUUUAUUUAUGUAUGUAGACACUUUGGUUUCAGUGGGAAAUCCUUUUUCUGACUGCCAUAAUAUUUAUUAAAACACAACAAGCAAAAAUAAAUAAUGGUUGUUGGUUGAUAAUGAAAAGUCUUACUCUGCAUUUACAAGGUACAAAUGGUUUGCACAUACUCUAAUGAAUGACACUUCAUUUGUGUUAAAUAAUGUUCUCUUGAAAAUAAAUCUUUUCUAAUAAAAAUGGAAACAGACCAGGAUUGACAUGUGAUUACAUUAAGACAAGCUUGAUAGUCUGGGUAAAUGACAGAAAAAAACACCUCUGAAAAAUAAAUAUUUGUUGUGAGUUUUUUCCAGUAUGUUAAAUAUACACAGAAUAUUUGUUGUACCAAAAGUAAGUGUGGCAUGACUGCUACUGCAUUGGAUUUGGUAUUUAUUUCAGGUUAGCUUUAUUGGACCCAGCACCCAAAAGGGUCAAGGGUCAAUAAAACUGACUGAAAAUAAAGUAACUCCAGAUACAUAAUUCACUUUUAUGAAGUAUUCCAAAUAAAUAAAAUAAAAAUUA